AUGUCAAUGUCGAGUUCGCACUGGCCAGAUUUACGACCCUCAUCCACAAGCCCGCCACCAUAUCAACAAGGUCUGGAAAUCGCUUCAGGAAUUCCAGAUGCUGAGGUUCUUGAAGAUGAAGGGGAUAUGAUAUCUGGACAAUAUUCUCCAGCAACAGAAGUUUCUGAUGACGGAACUUACUACAACGACGAUGGCAAACUCUCCGAUUCGGACGGCAAUGUGGAUGAGCACGAGGAAAACCAGCAAUCUGGAAGAGAGGAUGAUUACGAUUCAUCAAGAGAUUCGCUUAUACCGGAAAGACCAAACAGAUAUCCUGGUCCUCCGUCAACCUGGCGUGCCAAAACACGACAAGAAAGACACGAAAUAAAUUCUUUAGAAGCACUCCGUGCCCGAGAUCUGUCCAUUCAUUUGUUCAAUGCCUUCGCACUCAAAAGGAGAGCGAUGAGAAUUAAAUCUCAAAGUUCGGAGCUAGAUCAAGAGCCACAGUCUAAAAACGAAGAAGACAAGACUUCACAAUUCGUACCAACAAAGCAAUGGACUGCAUGGCCUCUACCUACAGACGAAGUGCCAAGAGGAGAUGUACAUGUACCGAGAGACGACUCUGACAUCUGGAAUAUAUCUGGCCCAUCCGACGAACGACCUAGUGCAGAGUUAGAAGAGUGCCUCAUUGCCCAAAUGUUAAAAACCUCGAAAGAAAGAUUCGAAUCUCGAUCGUGGGAAAAGCAACAGCCUCGUGUUCGCAACAGGCACACAAAAAUGGCUCCCGGGACUGAGACUGGCGGUUCCAUAAGCACAGGCGUAGAUGAAUCUGAUAAAGACAUUGCCAUAAAACCCGACAUUCAAUUCCGACCAGUCGUCCAGGCGGAUGAUGACAAGUCGAGAUCUUUGCUACGUCCAACAGCACGGCACAUUCUCAGCGACCUUGACAAUAUCCUUAUGAGUUUACAUCACGCCCGGCAAGCCUAUGUUUCAACUGUGGAUUUGUCUCACAGCGAGCAUGAAACAGAACACGAGGACGAUUUAACUUCGAGAUCUGUGUCAAGAUCACGGGCCAUAUCUCGACGCGGCAGAUCGGGCUCCCGAAGCGUAAAACGGUCACGCAAUGCGCCCAUGAAUACGGACCUUCCCGUUACAUCAGACCACGGAGGAGACAUUGAGCUACCUGAUGUCUCUAGUUCCAAAUCACGCGUGAAGAAUCCCCAACGAACAAGGUCAAUUACUCCUCGACGCUCUCGCAGCCGAUCUCCUGGUUCUAGACAAUCCAAAUUAGGCUUACGGGAUUGGAGCGAUAUAGUUGGUAUUGCCUCGAUGUCAGGAUGGCCAACAUCAGUCGUCAUGCGAACAGCGAAGCGCUGUUCUGAACUUUUUGGAGAAGACAUGGCAUUCAGCAUUCUAACCGAAGCGCUUUCCAACGUGGGAAUAUGUCGAGAAGGAGGGAUUGGGUGA